AAAACGAAUGCGCGUGGCUGGCGUGGUCUGCGUGGAGUUUAUUGCUCGAGGGCGCAUAUGGUUACUCACCUUCUUCACCUCUCCCUCACCUUCUCCCUCAUCUAGUUCACUCUCCGUUCGUGCUGCAGGAAGCGGGUCCUGGCACGUCGCUCUCUGUCUUAUAGAGCACAACCGGCCCACUUUUGUAAAUGGGAGGCUCAGAAAGGACUCCUGGAGGCAGAUCAUCCAGCACUGGACGGAAGGUGACCCUGCGCGCGGCUUGCAUCUUCCUCUUCGAGACUGGCCUGCUGAUUGGAUGCGAGGCAAGAACAAGGCACUGUUCGCCUCCAAGUACAAGCAGCGCGCUGUGAUUACACUAGAGUGCCUCGAGCGAUUUGGUGGAAAUGAGGCCGGUUCCUGGUAGCUUGUCUAACCGUUCGCGUUAUCAUAUCACAAUAAACAUAAAAUAUAACUUCUGUCCUGUAUCUCUAUUGUCGCAUUCACAACAUUGAUCCGUCCAUAAGUAAGGAACAACUUUUCUUUCUUUCUGCUGUCGCAUACGCAGCCCAGUGCCCCUAGGACGGACCCUGUUUCUUCUU